AGCAGACGAUAAAGCGAUGAAACGUCAAAAUCAAACACUUGAAAUUCUUCUACUAGAGACACGCGUCACUCACGAGACAGAAAGAUGCCUGCACUAGCAAGUGACAAUCAACUUGAAGCCGUGUCCAAAGUGUUGAAUGACACCAAUCGGCCACUCAAGGAACGUUUUCGUGCUUUGUUUACCCUCCGCAAUCUUGGCGGACCUAAGGCUGUUGAAGGCAUCUCAUCCUGCUUCACCGACUCCUCGGCAUUACUGAAACACGAACUUGCCUACUGCUUAGGACAGAUGCAAGAUCCUACGGCUAUCCCCGUGCUCACUUCUGUACUGAAAGAUGUUCAGCAAGAACCCAUGGUUCGUCACGAAGCCGGUGAAGCUCUCGGUGCCAUCGGUAGCGCAGAAUCUCUGCCCGUUUUGCAAGAACAUUGUGAAGACAAGAUAACGGAAGUAGCCGAGACCUGCCAGCUGGCCGUCCAACGCAUCAACUGGCUGCUCGAUGAGAAGAAAAAAUCCGAGAUCGAUAGCGCCUAUCAGCAGAAUCCCUAUUGCAGCGUAGACCCAACGCCAUCGACGUCCGUAAAAGAGACGGGAGAGUUAAAGACCAUCUUAUUGGAUGAAACUUUACCUUUGUUUGAACGGUACCGAGCCAUGUUUGCCCUCAGGAACAAAGGGGACGUUGAAAGCGUUAAAGCCCUGGCUGAAGGUUUGAAAUGCAGUAGCGCCUUAUUCAGACAUGAAAUCGCCUACGUCCUUGGACAGGUACAAAGCCCUGCUUGCAUUCAGGAAUUGAUCGAGCGGCUCGAACUCGCCGAUGAAAAUGAAAUGGUCAGACAUGAAUGCGCCGAGGCUCUCGGGUCUAUUGCCCAAGACGAGUGCCGUGAAAUUCUCCAAAAAUAUGCCGACGAUUCAGCAAGGGUUGUUAAAGAAAGCUGCGAGGUGGCUUUGGAUAUGUGCGAGUAUGAAAAUAGCCCAGAGUUUCAGUAUGCAAACGGUCUAACCAACCUCGACUCAUAAAUCUAUAAAUACUGCCGUGCUUGGAAAUAAAAUUGGUGAAGGACA